UUGGGCGCGUAAUGGCAAAGUCCAGUUUGCAAAGGCUCGUCCAACGCGCCCCUCUGUUCGCCCUGGUUGUAACGCCGCUGCUGCUCUAUCUGCUUGAGCGGCCCGUGGUGACGAGGCACGGGCAUGCACACAGAGUCGUCGUCGGCGCCGCGUUCCCCGCUGCUCCAGUGCCGCUCGAGCAGUCUAGCCCGCCUCUGGUGGCUGCAGCUGCGCAGAAGCCCUCUCCGCCGCCUCCUCCCGCUGUAAGCCCACCACCGCCAUCGCCACCGCCGCCACCGCCACCGCUUCGUUCACCGCCGCCGCCACCGCCGCCGCCACCGCCGCCGCCGCCGCCGCCGCCGCUUCUCUCGCCACCGCCGCCACCAGCUCGCAGCCCCGUCCCAGACCUGAGCGCUCUGAUGCUCGGAGGGUGCGGGCGUGUAUUCAUCGACGGCGGCUCCAACAUGGGCGAGGCGGUCGGCGCGUUUGCCGACGGACGCUUCUUCAGCUGUGCGAUGCAGGCGCCGCCGCGCAACCACCGAGCGGCGUGGGCGAGCAUGGGCCGUGGGGAGAAGGAGGCGUCGAUGGGUCCGCUGCGGGAGCCGCGCUCCUUCUGCGUGCGCUCCUUCGAGGCUGCGCCGUCGCUGCUACCGCCGCUGCGCGAGGAGGAGGCCUCGCUCCGAGCGCGCGGUUUCGACGUCCGCUUUGUCGACGGCGCGCUGUCGAACCGGACGGCCGCGGAGGAGGCGCGGCCGGUGUGGCGGUACGCCUCGCACCGCUGGGGUGAGACCGCCGCCUCCCUCGACUUUCGCGACGUGCACGUCGAGCGCAAGCCGCUCCAGCUCUCCUCCCGCACGGUCCUUGGCCGCUCGUACGACCUGAACGAGAUUGUGCGCGCCGUGGUCAAGGCCAACGCGUCGUCCGUCCUCGCGCUGCGGCUCGACGUCGAGGGCGGGGAGUGGUGGGUGCUGCGACGGCUGCUCGAUGAGCCAGGGCUGCUCUGCAGCGUCUCGUACAUCUUCGCCGAGUUCCACUCCGCCGCAUCUGCGCCUCAGAGGGAGCGGCUGCGCAGCUACGGCCUCGAGGCGGACGCCUUUGAGACGCUCAAGGAGCGGGUGCACGCGGCGAUGGAGGCGACGCCUGGCUGCCGCCUCCGCCUCUACUGGCGCUCCUUUUGGGCCUCCUGCGGCGACAAGCAGAGAUUCGAGUGGCGCGACGCGCCGCAGGCGAGAGACGUGGCCAGCCUCGGAGAGGAGGCGCUCCGGAAGAUGGGGCUGCCGUCGAGGCUGCGCGUCGUGAAGGGAUAAGGUAAGGUAAGGUAAGGUAAUUAAAACCAA